CAGCGAACGGAAACUCGCCAUUUGAUACGGAAAUACCAGUGCCAGUAGUAGUUGCCUACCAGUGCUAUAGUAUAGACUGUAUGAGAGAGAGAGAGCCCGCAUAACAGUAUUUGUAAUGACAGCGAGUUUUUAGUUGUUUUUUUAGUAUUCAUUAAUAUUUCAAUAGUUUUUUUUGUUGGUAUUGUUUUUUGUUGAGUGGAUCUAACUAUCGAUACAAAUCAUCGGCAAAUAAAAACUGUGUCCAAACCAACAAACACAAAGUUCAGGUGUUUAUUAAUCGGGAAAUACACAGUAUUAAUGUCAGCCGAUACAGAGCUAAGCGAAAUCAAUUUGUCGGCCACGGAAGCAGCCGAUGGCGACUCGCCGGGAUCGGCACCCAAACGCAAAGUUGGCCGUCCAAUAACGUCGGAGCGUACACUUGCCCGCAAUUUUCCGGCCAUCGAUGAGAUACGAGACAAACUGGCGACCGGCGAAUGUUUCGGCCGCCAGAGAGCCAACGGUUCCAGUUCUGGCGUCUGGAAACUGUUCGAAGAGAUAGCCUAUACCAAUACACAACUGUUCACUGGGAUUGUCCGAUGUAGUGCCUGUCAAUUCAUGACCAGAUAUCACGGCCAGAUAACGGGUACGUCACAUAUGCGGCGACACCAUUGUUUUCGAGAACUAUUUCCCGAACAAUUUGCAAACCCGCAGACCAGGUCGACGCCGACGAUGUCGGCCAACAAAAUUAAGAAAGAGCCAAAAGUGACGCCUAAACUAUCGAUAGGACGCCAAUCUAACAGUACGCCAAUGAGCUCACUGAUCAACAGGUCAGCCACCGAUACGCCUAACGGUACGCCUAAGAUGUUAGUUCAGGCCAACAAUAAGUUGGCUAAUAUAAAGUCGGAGCUCAGGGAACGCAUACUACAGUUGUGCUAUAAUGAGCUAAUUAGCGUCGAAACAGUGACCAGCGAUUCGUUCAAAGCUAUUGUCCAGUCACUGGUCAAGUUGAUCACUGCCGUCGGCAAGGGAUCUAUAUCUUUACCGGACAGUAACCAACUGUACGCUCAAAUGACCGGUCAAUACAAUCAAUGCAAAAAUCGGGUCAAAGAGGGUCUCAAUACGGCUCUGGACAGGAAUAUCGGUGCUGCACUGGUAUGUGACUCUGAGAACGACCGGUGCGUAAUAUCUACUUACUAUAUUGACCAGAGUUGGCAGUUAGUAGAGAGUAUACUGAGCGCAUCGGCAUUGGGCUGCGAUAUCAACUUAUUUAUUAGCCAAACACUCGAUGAUUUCGGCCUCAAUGAAGACCGACGUCUGGCAAAGUUUACAUUCAUAUCGCGCGGCGGACUCUUUGAUGGCGUAUCCAUGUGUCUGACAUCGAUGGCACACGUUAUCGACGCUGUCAUCGAGAGUGCCGUAUUCAGUGACGACAAUUUUACAGAGAUUGUCGAAAAUUGUAAAGUGAUUUGCGCUGAACUUCGGCUAGUAAUCGAUGGCUAUCCCAUCGAAUGGGUCAACAAAUACGAAGUAAUGCGCUAUGUUGUCGAAAGUCGUCAUAAAUUCGAGCUGAAGAACUCGUCACUUGAUUUGGGAUUAGUUGAAGAUUUGGUAGACUUCUUGGGGCCGUUCAAAGCGGCGGCCAUAGAAUUACGUCAAUGCAGUCGUCAUCCGACUAUAAACCAUGUUUUGCUCUGGUAUUAUAAACUACUUAAGCAUUUGAAUACUACCGGCGAUGACGAAACGUCUAUCGCUGACCUCAAAACCGUAAUCAAGACAGGAAUGGAACAGAACUUUCAGUUGCAAACCUUUCACAAGAUUGCGGCCUUUCUGUGGCCAAACUUUCGUUUCUUGAAGAUGUUGUCCAGCGAAGAACGAGAGGAAGUGCACAAUGAAGUUAGAAAUCUCAUCGAAACUCGCGCCCAUAUUGAAGACCUGGACGGUAUCGGCGACGACUGUGUUAUUCGUGGCGUCGACAGCAGCGGUGCGUCCAACCCUAAGAAGGCCCGAUCGGACUUCGAUGAAUGGGAGGAACAGGUGUCCGAUAAAGACGAACUCAACAAAUAUAUAUCGGUUCAGUUGACCACUUGUAACGAACAAAACAUACUGAGCUGGUGGAAAGACCAUCAGAAUGAGUUCCCGAAGUUGGCAAAGCUGGCCAAAUGGAUUCUCUCGAUACCAGCGUCGGUAACGUCGCUGGAAAGGUUCCGCUUGUUGUCCAAUCAGGAUAUCAACCAGGAAUUGCUUUUCAUGCACUGCAAUGCGAAAAAACAAAACGAAGAGAAGAGAAUCAGCGCAGAAAAGAGGAAAACCGUCUCAAAGCAGAGAUAACUGUUCCGAUUAAGAACAAGAAGAAACUCAACAGAAUCGCUAAGAAACAGAUGAGACAAAUGAAGAGAAUUCGCA